GUCAGAAUUCAUCCUGGGAGGUCAAAGGUCACUCUGGCCAUCAUGAAUCGUCCAGCUCCAGUGGAACUGUGCCACAAGAACAUGAGAUUCCUUAUCACCCACAACCCCACAGACAGCACACUCAGCUCCUUCAUAGAGGACCUGAAGCGCUACGGUGCUACCACUGUGGUUCGAGUCUGUGACAUCACAUAUGACAAAGCACCACUUGAGAAAGACGGCAUUACCGUGGUGGAUUGGCCCUUUGAUGAUGGAGCCCCACCCCCGAGUAAGCUUGUUGACGAUUGGUUGAGUCUUCUGAAGAAGAAGUUUCAGGAGGAUCCAGGAUGCUGCGUGGCUGUUCACUGUGUGGCUGGACUGGGACGGGCGCCUGUGCUGGUUGCUCUGGCUCUGAUAGAGAGCGGGAUGAAGUAUGAAGAUGCCAUUCAACUUAUCAGGCAGAAGCGCCGCGGAGCCAUCAACAGCAAACAGCUAACCUACCUGGAGAAAUAUCGAUCAAAGCAGAGACUCCGCUUCAAAGACUCUCACGCACACAAGAACAAGUGUUGCACCAUGUGAACACACUGACACACACACACACACACACACACACACACACACACACACACACACACACAUUCACUCACACACUUAUUGUACCCCUCAAAAAAUGCUCUCAGGAAUCCAACCACACAAGCCUUGUCUCACCCGCAUCAUUGUCCCAUGUGUACUGUGGGAAUUCUUGAAUGUCUCAGUCAUUUCAUUAGAAUGCAUCUUUCUUUGCUCAUUUGUAAUAAUUUCCUGUCUUUUAAAGUUUAUUUUAUCAGCAUGUUUGCUUCAUUAUAUAUCUGCUUUAUUACACGAGUCUGGAAAAGACUCAUUUAGGACAGUGGACAUUAUAUGUUGAGGCUCUUAAAUCACAUUCAAAUUUUCAACAAAUCAAAUUCACAGCAUGUGCCCAUAGGGACACCUGAACAGAUUUGGUGUAGGACUCAUUUAUCAUAUACAAAAAAAACCUCAAAUCACACCUGAUAUUUUGUGAAAAUGCCAUUGAAUUUCAAUGACUUUGUACAGAUGUUCAGUAUGUUUAAACUUAACCAUAAUCAGGGUAUAUAAUUACAUGCAGUGUUUCUGUGUUUUUUGAGAUUGUUUUUUGCUAUGAAAAAACCGUCAGAUACAAUUUCUAAACAAUUUUGGCAGACUUAAACUUAAACACUGAAACACAAGACUAAAAUCACCUCAGCAGCUCAGUAAAUUAGUGUUGGUUCUCCAGGUAGACCUUCUCUUACACUAUUCCUCCUGGUGUCUGUUCUCAGUUUAACAGGAAAUAUAAGGGCUCAUUUUAAUCCCAGCGUUUUCUGCCAUUUGUCUACAAUUAUCAUUAAAAUCAGCCUCUAUAAUGCUACAAUGGAUGAAACAUUUUGGUAAACAUAAAGCCUUUAUUUGGUUUUGUCACAGUCACUGUUUUAAUAUUACAUCAUACACUGUGCUCAAGUGAUGUGUUUACAUAUCUGCGUGUGCAUUAUGUUAUGCUCUGUUUACUGACGCCCACAGAAGGAAACUUACUGGUUAGCAGCACCUGAUUGCAAAGGCAAACAUAGUACAUAUGUGUUACAUAAAUAGGAAAUGUUGAUAAAUCUACUAUAAUCAUACAUGACAUACAUUCAAAGAUUAUGUAAACUAGGUGUAAAUAAUGUUAAAUGAGGGUUCUCUAUAAGACAGGGUGAACCACUUCUCCCAUUCAGUGACUAUAAAAUGCACAAAGAACAUUAAAUCAUUGCUGGUAUUACAAAUAUAUUUUAUAUACUCAUGUGGUCAGUGGGGAAUGUCUAUCAUAUCAGCAGAUGAUCACACUGACUAGCCAAGCUCCAAGGCCAAUUUUGGCCUGAUAAGUAUGUUGAUAAAUUUAGAAAUCGGGUCUAAUCAUAUCACAAAUGUUGCUGUGCAUCAUCACAUCCUUUAGACCUGGUUACAGUGUCUGACACACAUUUUUUUGUGAGGUGGAGUUUACCUUUUCAUUUGUAUUGUUCCUAAAAGAUACAUGUAAGCAACUGCUUCUGAGACUCCUUCCGUUUUUCAUCCCGAAUUGAGUUAUGUUUUUUUUGCUGAUGAUAGAGCAUGCAUUUUUUAUGUAUUAGUAGGCUGCUUAUGAUAGUCUCAUCAUCUGUGUUAUGAAAAACAUCUUUGACCUCAACAAAAAUUUGUGAGGAAGAAAUGAGAGCAGAAGGUAUGAUCUGAAGUAUUGUCAUUGUAAAUGAGAAUUGGUUCUUAAUUGACUCACCUGGUUAAGUAAAGCUUAAAUAAAUAAAUAAAUAAAAGUAAAGAAACAAUUAGAGAUUUAUAGAGGAAACAGGUUCCAUCAUCUUAACCUGUAAGCUCGGUUGUUUUUUCAACAAACUGAUGAUAUGUGUGCCUGUGUUUGCUGGAAUAUGUGUGUGUGUGUCUGUGUGUGUCUGUGCGUGUGUGUGUGUAUGUGUGUGUGUGUGUUUGAUAGCCUUUAGCGGUUGUGCUCAUUGAGACUGGCCUGAGCUGACACAUUUUUAAUGUAAAAACAAAUGCUGUAAAUGUCUGUAUGUCUAUAAAUUCUUGCAUUGUUUAAUAACGGUUUUGUCUCUGUCCCUA